AUGCAUGCCAGUCGACGACGUCGUGCCCAACAAGACGAGCAUCACGAGGAUUAUGACGAUGAUAAGUGUAGCGGAGGCUUACCGACAAAUGAACGCUUUGCCGCAAUGAACCAGACCCGAGGCAAUGAAGACAAGCGCAUUGACGGACCAUCGACCUUGAGCUUGAGCGUGCCUCCGCCGAAUGCACUCGUCGUAAUACUUGGCACUCGUAUCGACCCCAAACAUACCAGGCUCUGGACGCCGCUGACCGUUGCGCCCGUCACGACGAUCAGCCUUUCGGUACAUGCA